AUAUUCAAGUAAACGUAUAUUUUAGAUGUAAACAUGAAGCUUUUGAAAGCAACAAUAUACCCCUUUCGAAGGUUCAGAAAUCAAUACCAACAGAUUCAAGAUAUCGACAGCAAAGAACCAAUAUUUAAAAUACCACCCACACCCCCACAAUACGAUUGGACAACCAAUGAAGUAAGAGCAUGGAUGGCCGACCACUUUGUCACAAACAUGAGCCGAGAAACAUCGUAUGCCAUCACGGUUGCCAGGCAAUACGAAGGAACAGGGAAACAGCUGUUUUCAAACACAAAAGAAGAUUGGCUAGAAGUGUUUGAGAGGAAAGCGUACGGGAGAGAGAUGUACGAGACUAUGGCAUGGAUUUUGAGGAACGAUGAAGAGUUGAGAAAGACAGGUUUCUCCGUGAGUAAUAAUCGUGUAUUUAUAUAUCAAAGCAAAAUUAACAUUGAAUAAGCUCCAACUACUACCCUUUUAUUAUCACAAAGAGAUAGUCGAGCUCAUAGAAGAUAGCCUCAACAGGCGGAAGACGGUUAGACGCCCUUUAUUGUUUAUCAAAGACCUUGGUACAAACGGACAUGUAUAUCUCCUAUUCUUCCUGGAGAUUAGUCUUACCCUCUUUGUAUCCAAGCAUACUUCUAUUGAAUUUUCAAAUUAUUAUUUCUUUCUUUAUGCUUUGCUUAUUCCUCACUAUGGAUCCGUACAGUUGUCUAACUACUUGAAAUACAAAGAAGAAAUAAAAGAGCUGAGCAAUAAGAUCAGAGAUAAAUAUAAAAGAGAGUAAUACUUAUAUAUUAUUCUAUUUUCUAUUAGAUGCUUUAGAAUCGGAUUAUCUUUCAAAGUAUUAUUAAAAUAUAUUCUU